CAACAAACCUUCAAAAUCCUGAUGUUCCCAUGGUUAGCUCACGGCCACAUCUUCCCAUACCUCCAGCUCUCCAAACACCUCUCCUCCACCCCCCACUUCACCACCUACCUCUGCUCCACCGCCGUCAACCUCACCUCCAUCACCUCCGCCGCCGCCGCCGCACAACCUCACCUAAUCGAGCUUCACAUGCCCUCCCCCCCCGAGCUCCCCCCUCACCUCCACACCACCAAGAACCUCCCCUCCCACCUCCUCCCCACCCUCAUCAAAUCCUUCCAAGAAUCCACCUCAAGCUUCUCCCAAAUCCUCCAAACCCUAAACCCAGACCUCCUCAUCUUCGACGUCUUCCAGCCGUGGGCCCCCAAGCUCGCCUCCUCCAUGGGCAUACCCAGCGUCUACUUCUCCACCUCCGGCGCCUCCUCCAUCUCCUACCUCCACCACCUCCACACAUUCGGCUCCCCCGCCGGAUUCCCUUUUCCGGCGCUCAGCCUGCCCGAGGCCGAGAUAGCCCGCAUGAGAAGCCCCGUUAGGCCGAAUAUCAAAGAAGCCGAUGAGGAUUACCCUUUUGGGAAUUAUAGAGUUUCCACAGACAUUGCAUUGGUGAAGAGCUCGAGAUAUGUGGAAGAGAAGUAUGUAAACUAUCUUUCUUCUUUAUGCAAGAAGGAGAUCGUCUGCACCGGUGCGUUGAUUGCUUCUGAUGAUGCAGAAGAGCGCGAUGAUCAGUUCAAGGUCAUUGAAUGGCUGGAUGAGAGAGAAGUUGGCUCCACCAUAUACAUCUCCUUUGGGAGUGAAUGCUUCUUAUCCAAGGAGCAGAUAGGAGAGGUGGCAAAAGGGCUUCUUCUUUGUGAUGAUGUGAAUUUUUUAUGGGUGGUGAGGUUUCCUUUUGAGGAGAGGGAGAGGAGGGUUGAGGAGGAGCUGCCGGUAGGGUUUCGUGAGGCGGUUAAAGGGAGGGGGCUGGUGGUGGAGGGAUGGGCGGCGCAGGCGAGGAUUUUAGGGCAUCCGAGCGUUGGUGGCUUCGUGAGCCAUUGUGGGAGGAGCUCGAUCACGGAGAGCUUGUAUUUUGGUGUUCCGGUGGUGGCUAUGGCGAUGAAGGUGGAGCAGCCGUUGAAUGCGCAGUUGGUGGUGGAGCUCGGUGUGGGUGUGGAGGUUGGGAGGGAUGGGAAUGGAGAGUAUGUGGGGGAGGAGAUUGGGAGGGCGAUUGAGAAGGUGAUGGUGGUGGAGAAGGAGGGUUUGAGGAGUAGGGCGAGGGGGUUGAGUGAGGUGAUGAGGGAGAAGGAGGGAGAGGAGGUGAGUGAAGUGGCUCGGCAGCUUUUGAAGAUAUGUGUCAAGAACAAGAAGAUGGUGGCAUGA